UUUUGUUUACUCUCUCUCUCCAACUCUGAUUAUUUCGCCCGCAGAGAAACUUCAAUAUUGCAAACAGACGGGUUUUUUCUCAGCGAAGAUUAGACGACUGGAGAGUGCUGCGGGAAUUUUUAGAAAAGAUCCCGGCACGAAGUUAUAAUGGCUGCUUCAGGGAAUGCGACACGCACGCCUAAAGAUGCUCAAGUUGUGAUUUCAAUGCUCUCAGAAGCCGGUAUCACAGAAUUCGAACCUAGAGUUGUAAAUUUGCUCCUUGAGUUCACAUACAGAUACACAACAAGUCUUCUUGAUGAAUCUCGAGUGUACUGCCAGCAUGCAAAGAAAAAGGUUAUUGAUCUUGACGAUGUGAAGAUGGCAAUUAAGAUGCAAACUGACAAAGUGAAUACAUCUGCUCCUCCUCGUGAUCUACUGAUGGAAAUGGCCAAGAGCAGAAAUUCCAUUCCUCUGCCUCCCAUGAAGCAGCAGAAUGGACUUCGAUUGCCUCCUGACAGAUUUUGCCUAUCUUCUUGCAACUACAAACUUCAAUCAACUAAGAAGGUUUCAAAGACCAAUUCUAGCCUCAUUUCAUCAAGUGGUAGAGGCGGCAUGCAACAAAGAUCAGGAAUUGCGGUAAAGACAACUCCUAGCUCAGGAAUGACCAUGGUUUCUUCACUUCAGCCUGCAACUCCAUUGAAGACCAAAAUCAUCAGUCAGCAGAAACCAACAAUCAAGAUCUCGUCAUCGUCUGUAUAUCAGCCUUCGGCAAUGCCAAAAAUCCAGAUCGCUGCUCAAAAGCCUGUCAGUCAACCUGUCGUGGAGGAGGUGAAAAAACAAGAGGCUCCUGAACCCAUGGAAACAGAAUAAUUUUGGCUUGAUUGAAGAAAAGCCUGUGUUUCUAUCUUUCUAAGAAAUUUAACAUUACGUAAUAAAGCUAAGAGCUGCAUUAAAACAUA